CACCCAACACAUCCUCAUUCUCUUCGGACAAGUGUGGACGGUCGUAUUUCCGGUGUGGGGGAGUCGUUACUCCGGCGUGAUCUCGUGUUUCUUUUUUCUUCCGUUGAGAAGGUUGAGCGAUGGAGUCCACCGGAAAAGUGAAGAAAGGUGCUGGAGGACGGAAAGGAGGUGGGCCAAAGAAGAAGCCAGUCUCUCGGUCUGUGAAGGCUGGUUUGCAGUUCCCUGUUGGAAGGAUCGGUCGGUACUUGAAAAAGGGCCGAUAUUCACAGCGUGUCGGAACUGGUGCCCCUGUUUAUUUGGCCGCUGUCCUUGAGUAUCUUGCAGCUGAGGUGCUGGAGUUGGCCGGCAACGCGGCAAGAGACAACAAGAAGAACAGAAUCAUCCCAAGGCACGUUCUUCUGGCUGUGAGGAACGAUGAAGAGCUGGGAAAGCUUCUUGCCGGUGUGACAAUUGCACAUGGAGGAGUUCUCCCCAACAUCAAUCCUGUGCUCUUGCCUAAGAAGUCCGAGAAGGCAGCUAAAGAGCCUAAAUCUCCUACAAAGGCCGUCAAAUCUCCCAAGAAGGCUUGAAUGGCUUUGGCGAAAGCCAGAAAGACUCCUUUUUUCUUGUUUCCCCCCCUUUCCCUUCUCUUACUCUCUUGUCUGUAUGUAAUUUUGUUUAUUUCACGUUUAGGAUACUCGUCUCCUCUUGGGAUUUCAAACAUUGUACUCAAUUCCAUCGUACCCUAUCUUUCUGUGAUGAUGAUGUAUUUGGAUCAAUGAAUGAAAGUUGUUGGUAGCUUAAUCCCAAUU